CAAACCUUCUCCAGACAAAAUCAGUUUUGUUAUCCAACCACACCUGCUUCUUGAGCCUCUUCGACGCCAUUGCCUGAAAGCAGAGCUCUCAACAGCAUGGAUCUUUCUUGCAUUCGGCUUCCAGUACAAAGACCCUAUAUGAGAGAAAUAAAGAGUAAAGACACGUGAAAAUAACAUGUUAAAAGGGGCACAUUGUUGUACUGAUAGCACUUUCAGACCCUUAUCUUUUGCACAAAUGAAAAUGAAAUAUAGAAUAAUUAUAUUUACCAAUUGUCCCUUCAGACUCAACGAUUUCAUUCCCAACGGUGUCUGUAAGGAUGUACUCCUCACUGUCUCCCAUGGCCACAUUCACUUUUCCUGUGAUCAGUGGAACGCUUGCCUCUGAUUCAACAAAUCUGAUCAUGACCACCCUUGUGGAAACAAUCUUUCCAUCCAUUAUUUCUGACACAUGUAUUGACCUGUAAUGCACAAAGAACAGUGACACACAUUUAGUUAGCAACAUGGACUAAAACGUAACAUUCUAAAGCAUGCCAACGUAUGAAAUGGGCAUCUCAUUACCUUUGAAAUGACCGAGGGGUGCUAAUUGAUCUAGUCAACUGACUCAUGUUUGCAGUAGACAUUGGCUGACUAUGACGAAAAGCAAACGGCCGUGACUCAGCUGGCUCUGUCUGGAUCCUUUGAGUCUCCCCAGGUUUUUCCCCAUGAACCUCAUAAUGACCGUGAUCAGAGAGGUCCAGGGAGCAGAAAGACCCACUAUCCAAUGGAAAAACUGCAACGUUGGCGGCAUCAGUGAUGAAAAGGCUACCUGCGUUGACCUAAAAGAAAAUAACAGACUGGACCAACAUAUGGAAGAAAAAUGAUGACUGGUUACCUGGCCUCAAAAGGAAUCCGAGCAUCAGAGGGGCGUGUUGGUCGUGUCCUCAGAGAAACUAACCAGCCAUAUCAUGCAGAUCGGUAUCGUAGAUUAAGGAAUUUAAAUCCAGUGCCAUACAGCGCAGAGUACAUCAUGGGUCACAAAUUGCACAUUGACCAAAACGAGAAACUGGUGAUGUAUGGGGUGACCCACGUCCUUGCCGUGGACGGAUUCUCCAGCAACAUUGUAAGCCACUCCACCAUGCCAGUGAAAAACAACCUGACCAUAUAUCAAGAGGUUUACCAGAGUGCUGUCCUACGAUAUGGAAUGUGGGACCAAAUCCGAGUAGACCAUGGAAAAGAAUUCUACUUGACUCUUUUCAUGCAGGAGAAAUUGGCAGACUUCCGGAAUAACACAGGCAGACAGCCAUACAUGCAAACAAAGUCAACACAGAAUCAUAUUAUAGAAAGGAUGUGGCCAGAGGUAAACAACAGGGUAAACUACCCUCUGAAAGGCGCACUCAACCACCUUGUUGACCAGGAGGAACUAAACCUCGAAGACAACAUCACACGAUAUUGUGUGUCCACUCUUACCUGUCAGGUAGCCAAAAUUGGAGUUGACCGGAUGGUGCAGUCCUGGAAUGCACACAGAAUCCAAGGUAAGGGUAACCCAAAUCAACUUGCUCAUGGUGGGUGCCCAAAGAGACUGCCUGCAGAUCUUUUGCCUGAAGCUACAGAUGCUGCAGACUGCUAUCAUCAGGAAGUGGGGUCCUCUCUGACACGAGUGUCGCUGUUUGGGAGAAACCCAUUUGCCACUGUGGAGCACCAGACAGCAGCUGAACAAGAAUUUGCAAGGAACUAUGCGGACAUUGCUGAACUCUUUGAGCGUGCCAUUCAUAACGAGCCAGCACCAUUCCAAAACGGGAUAAAGGAUCUCAUAGGCAUUGUCAGAAGAUAUGUGUAAAGGCAAGUGCAGGGAUCAGGAGCCAGUGUAUACCCAGGUUGCUGGACUGUCUGCAGCACUGGAUGCUUUAAGGGCCCUACCCUAAAGUGGACAGCAGUUCAGUCGUUUAUUGUUAAGUUUAUUGUUAAGUUUAUUGUUAAGUAGUGUGUGUUCAAAUUCCAGGUUCAUCUGCAAUGUUUAAUACAUGGAAAAUUGUUUGAAUGUGUGUCCAUGGUAUGUUUAAUUAUGUUUCUAAACACAGGCAAAUAGCUGCAUACAUAAGGCAAUACAAUCAAACACUAUUAUUUUAUCAUCCACGCACCAACAGAACAUUUGGAAAUCAACCAUUAAUCAGAGGUUGUCGAAGUACUCAGAUCUUGUACUUGAAUAAAAGUAGAAGUACUCAGAUCUUGUACUUGA